AUGUGUACCACCGACCAGCGGAUGUCCCAGCUGCCGCACGGUGCCGCGGGAACCAUGAUGGUGGUGUCUGGCGGCCGCUGCAAGUCGCCCUCGAUGGCAACGGCCAUCACCGUCAAGACGCCGUUCUCGAUCGAGGACAUUCUGUUCCAGAACGGUCCACCAAGUCCACAGCACCACGCGGGUGGGAGGUCUUCACCGCGGCCACCGGCCCCCGGUUCUCCGCUGUCCGAUGAUGCGCCGCCACGGAUCACGGGAAUGUCCUCCCGGCUCACCAAACCCGUGCCACACUCACCGUCGCCCUCGGGUUCGUCGUCACCGUCCUCAUCUUCGUCGGUGACCGUGCAUCGGGUUAGUGAGCGAGUGGCACACAGUAAUCGCGUCAAACACGGUGCGGGCAUUGAGAGUGGUGGCAACGGGGGUGUACCCGGUAGCAGCAAUGGCGGAAGCAAUCACAACGCGGGUAGUAAACAUUGUGAAACAUUGUCCGUCGGUGGUGCCGGCGCAGGAUUAAGUCGCGCCGAGGAGGAUUAUCGGAAGGUGCUGCAAUCGGAAAGGUACGGUAAAGUUGAUGGCAUAAACGGUGGUUCCCAUCCGGGCCUGCCCCAUCCGGUUCCGGCGGCAUCAUUACCGGGUCCGACGGCACCACCGCCACUCCCCGGAGGACCUCCGGGAGCCGGCAGCCCACCCGGUCCGGUUCAGUUCACCAGUGGCCCGUCGGCAGGGUCCGUCCUGUACGCUACGAAUCCGUACAACGAUCCCGCCUAUCUGCAGAUGGCCCUCGGCGCCUACCUGGCCCCCUCGUCCACAGGCUAUAAAACCGUCGACCCGUACUUCCUCUCGCAAGGAAUUUUCGCCAGUUCGUCCCUGUUUCCCGGUGCCGGCUGCCCGGAUAUUGCCCUCGGCUUGGGGAUGGGCAUGAGCGCCCUUCGGCACUGCCGACGCCGGAAAGCUCGCACGGUGUUCAGUGAUCCCCAGCUCACCGGGUUGGAGAAACGUUUCGAAGCUCAACGCUACUUAUCGACACCGGAGCGUGUCGAGCUGGCGACGGCUCUCGGUCUCAGCGAGACCCAGGUCAAGACGUGGUUCCAGAACCGCCGCAUGAAACACAAGAAGCAGCUUCGCCGACGUGACGUAAACGCCUCCAGCACCGGAGGUACGGCGGCAACUGGGCCCACUGGGACCAACAAUCCAUCGGCCAAUUCUUCCACUUCCGGCCGACUGCACGGACCCACACCCUGUCCGGGCUCAUCCUGUUCAACUUCCUCGACAACGACUUCUUCCACUUCGGCUUCGGUGUCCUCGGCAGCAUCCGCGGAGAAGAACGGUUUCACGCUGUACAACGGUAGUGGUGCUGGUGCUGGUGGCGGUGGCAAGUCAACGGCAUCCCUCGUCGGUGGCCCAAAAACAUCCUCGGCUGGCAGUGGUGGUGUGUCGCUAAAAUCUCUCGCGAACAGCGACGGUCGACCAUUGCACUCAUCGUUUAGCCUCGUGAAACGGGCCGCAGCGGUGGCUGCGGUGGCCGCCAUGACCAACGGCGGUGCCCCACCGCACCUACCACCGCCGUCACCGCAGGGAGGGCCACCCGCAGGACCUCAUCACCCGUUCGCGUCCCACCAUUCGCACGCCCCCCAAAUGCACCACCACCAUCCGGCUCCGUACCACUCGAUGCAUCACCACCUGGCCCAUCAGUUGGCAUCACCGGCGCUGCGGAUGGGAGGCCAACCGGAAGGCUCUUCGCUCAGCGAUGCGGACGACGAGGAUGACGAGGAUUUGCUCAACGACAGCGAGUCCGACUGCAGCGAUGUCGAUAUCGUCGGUGACGAUCAGGGCUACCUGACGUAG